GUUAACAGUUAGAUGUGCCUUGGGACAGGUCUAUCAUACCAUAAUAAUUCCGCCAUGUUCCUAGCAAUCCCACGUGGUUGUCAAUUAACCGGGUAAGUCCCGGCCGGAAGGUUCUCUGGGUCGCAUUUUAAUGGCCCACCACCUUCAGGGCAACUGUGGUUCUUUUCCCCCAGUGAUUUCCUGCCGCUAAAGCACUUUAAUAUCCAACAUAGCCCGCCUAUUAAUAUUCAUUCAUACAGAUUCCGAUCCUUGUCCUUGCUCCCCCCACCCUUCUCCGCUCACUCUCGUCCACACCUACAUAUACUCCGUUCUUCUUCUCCCACAGUCCUUCCUAGCACCUUUCGUCUACUAUCCACAAUGACAGAUCUCGUCGAAGCCGCGAAGCGCGCAGCCGGUCAGGCCGCUGUUAAGAACCACUACCCAAAAGACGCCAAGUAUGUUGGCAUUGGUAGCGGAUCUACUAUCGUCUACGUUGUCGAGGCCAUCAAGGAGUCGGGGAUCGACACUUCUCAAACCAAAUAUGUGCCUACAGGAUAUCUCUCUAAACAACUCAUCGUGAACAAUGGCUUGACAGCCGUUGACUUCGACUCCAUUCCGGAAGGAACCGUGCUGGACAUUGCCUUCGAUGGAGCAGAUGAGGUAGAUGACGACCUGAACCUGAUCAAGGGUGGCGGUGCUUGUUUGUUCCAGGAGAAGAUCGUUGCCCUCCAGGCCAAGGAGUUCAUUUGUGUUGCAGACUCCCGCAAACUGCAAUCUCGUCUCCUUUCGAACUGGAAAUACAUUCCCAUCGAAGUGGCUCCCAUUGCUGCCAGCCGAGUUCUUGGAGCUCUCAAGGAACUUGGUAGCAUCUCGCCUGCUAUUCGAUUGAACCCUACUGCUCUAGACGGUGCACCUAAGCCAACUCCUCUGAAGACCGAUCAGGCCUUCCACCUUAUCGACGCUCCCUUCAAGACUCUGCUUACCAAGGCUGAUGUUGCGGCUGGACAAGAGGGCACUGGAAAGGACGGAGUUUGGGAGGUCGAGGCCCUUUCUCGGGCCAUCAAGCAGAUCCCUGGUGUCUUGGAUGUCGGUAUCUUCUCCGGUGAGACUGGUCCCCAGGCCCAGGCUCGUGGAGGUACCGGAGGCCAGAAGCCUGUUGCUGCAUACUUCGGUAUGCCUGACGGGUCUGUCUCCGUGAGAAAGGCUUCUGCUUAAAUCCUAGAAACCGAGACGAUCUUGACGUGUAUACAUAAAAGCUGGGGCUAUAAAUGAUACCAUUUGAUGCUAGCGUGAAUUGGAUGAAUUACAUUGUCUACUCAGACAAGGCUAAAA